AUGGAAACCAAGGUGACAUCAGAACCAAAAUCCAAUGGUGUGAAGAACGGAGGGGCAAGGAUUGUUGUGGAUAAUGAUGAUGAAGUUCUCAGUCCGACUGACCUGUCAGAGAUGUUAGCAGAGGGGACCAAGGAGUCCCAUGACAGAGCAGAGAACUGCCAGUUUGUCAAAGACUUCCUGAGAGGCCGCAUCAAAAGGGAGCUGUUUAAGAGAGGUACUGCAGCUCUAUACUUCGUCUACUCGGCCAUGGAAGAGGAGAUUGAGAAGAACAAAGACCAUCCUCAGAUCGCUCCAAUCUAUUUCCCUGCAGAGCUGCACAGGUGCGAGGCCCUUGGUCGGGACCUCGAGUACUUCUAUGGAGAGGACUGGCAGAACCAGAUCAGCCUCUCUGCAGGCACCAAGCCUUACGUGGACCGCAUCCAUAAGGUAGGUGAGCAGGAUCCAUUGUUGUUGGUGGCCCACUCCUACACACGCUACAUGGGAGACCUCUCAGGUGGACAGAUCCUCAAGAAAGUGGCCCAGAGGGCACUGAAGCUCCCCUCAACCGGCGAGGGUAUCAAUUUCUAUCAGUUCGAGGGUAUCCACAGUCAAAAAGGCUUCAAGCAGCUUUACAGAAGCAGGAUGAACGAGUUGGAAAUGGACACUGAGACCAAGGAGAGGAUUGUAGAAGAAUCCAACAAGGCGUUUGGCUUUAACAUGAUGGUAUUCACAGAACUUGAAGAGAUUGGGAGGACCAUCAAAGAGGAAGUCCAAGAUGCAGGUUUGGGACACAGUCAUGCUGAAAUUAUGGAGGGAGGAGAUAUUAACAAGUGCCCCUACUACGCAGCAAAAAUGGCCGCCAGUGGAAAUACCACCUAUGCAUGCCAGUUAGCCAUGAUGCUUCUCCGCCAUCCACCCUGUCAGGUGGCUCUGGCCGCCUGGGUUGCUGUCUUCGCUGGGUUCACUGCCUGGUACCUUCUGUGAACUUUGAGACACUUGUCUGCUGAUCACC